CACAAUCCGGACAAUAAGGCUCGUGUAACAAUGUCGGCAUACGUCUGAGCACCAUAACUCGGACGUCUAUCAUUCUUCCUACUAUGGAAGACCGAACAAUUCGGUAACAGCAAGAAUGAAAGUCAAAUCUCAGGAAUCCACCAUGGCGGUCGCUCAAAAGGACUCUUCGGUGAAUUCGCCUUCCACCGCCCGUCGACGACUACCACACGGUACGGACCAAGAUUCCGAGUCAAUACAAGAGAAGGAAUAUAAAGACUCCAACGGAACUGCCGUCCACAGCAAUGGACAUGUCAAACCAACGACACCAUCCUCUUCCACAUCCUCGUCAACCUUCUCCAUCACUCUGAUCUGGGCCCCGACCCUAAUCCUCAUCUUCGGCGGGUGUUGUUCCAACGUCUACACAUUAGAAGCCCUAAUCUCCACGUCCCCCUCCUCGGGCUCAUUAAUCACCGCCUUACAAUUCCUCGUCGUCGCACUCACAACCCUCCCACCGCACCUAUCCCUCCACCGCGGUUGGAAAAACCUCUACCUCAAACCCCGUUCCGUGCCCAUACGCAAAUGGAUCAUCUACACAGCCUAUUUCCUCGCGAUCAAUAUCCUCAAUAACAUGGCAUUCGGCUAUCGAAUCAGUAUACCACUGCAUAUCAUCCUACGCUCAGCCGGGCCCGUGACCACCAUGGCAGUGGGGAGGGUGUAUGGUGGGAAGAGAUAUCCCGUGCAGAAAGUGGUGGCGGUGUUUUUACUUUUUGCCGGUGUGGUUGUUGCGGCGAUAAGUGAUGCGAUGAGUAAAAGUCAGGUUUUGGAGAAGGAGAAGCAGCGGGAGGGGAUGGUAGUAUCGUCGUCUAGCGACGAGGUAGUACUACUUUCUUCCAUGUCGGCUCAGAUCCCUGGUUUCGCUCUGUUGGCUUCGGCAUUGCUUCUCUCCGCCAUGAUGGGUGUCUAUACCGACAAUAUGUACGCCAUACACGGACGAUCCGGCUCGAUUACGCUCGAAACUCUAUUCUACAGUCACGGUCUUUCGCUUCCUUUCUUCGCCACGCAAUUCUCAUCACUUCAAAGUCAACUCGUCACUUUGACUGCUCUAUCGUCUUCUGCAUCCUCCUCCUCCUCCCUUUCAUCUUCAUCUUCACUCUUGUCCAUUCCCUGGCCAGUGGUCCUUCUCCUUCUCAACGCCACGACUCAACUCCUCUGCAUUGUCGGCGUUAAUCGUCUCUCGGCACAAUCGUCUUCUCUCACCGUGAGUAUGGUUCUCAAUGUAAGAAAACUCAUCAGUCUGGUGUUGAGUAUUUGGUUGUUUGGGAAUACGCUCCCAGCGGGGGUUUUGGUCGGUGCGGUUGUGGUGUUUAUCGGGGGUGGGCUUUAUGCUUUACCCACAAAACCUAAAUCAAUGCCUUCAUCUUCUUCAUCUGCACCGGCGAGGGCUGAGAAUGGGAGUGUUGGUGCAACUAAGAGGAAGGGAGAGGGUAAGAAGACGAAGUGAUUUGGAUUCAUGGCAUUUUCGAAAAUUUCAGAUGGCCAUGGCGGGAUGGAACGUUUCAUCCUGGUGGCUGGUUUGGAAUUAGAGCCCAAUGGUUGACUCGCAUGAGAUAUUGCGAGCUACAGGGGCAAUGAAUCGUCUUUCAUGCCCCUGUUCGGAAAUGCCUACAGACGAUAGAAAUCAUGCUCACGGCUAG